UAUAAAGAGUAGUAAAUCGAUGGAGACUUGUUCAGGUUGAGUGGAAUGAAUAUGGAAGAUUUAUAGAGCUGAUUUCAACUAAUUAGGGAUGGAGGAAUAGUUGAUUAAUAUUCUGUUGUGAAAUUUUUGGGGAAAGUCUAUUUUAUACAUCAAUUUGUUGCCACGUGGGUCCAAUUUUUGAAGAACAAUAAGAUUCUUGUAUGGAUGGCUUAAAUUUUGCAGAAGAUGUUAAGCAAUAUUUUGUGCUUUUUUUUAUUGUUCUGUGGACUAUUGAACAUGUUUGAUGCCCAGUUCAAUGGUUUAGAUAAAAUUGGCAUAUUAUGUAUUUAGAGGGAUGAUUCUUUUUGGAUGGUUACGGUAAUCAGAACAUAUGCUUUUGAGCUCAAAUUUAAUGUGUUCAUCACUUCAGCUAGUGAAAAAAAGAAGGGAACUUUAGUUGAGUGCAGUUGGUAGUAAGUCUAUUAAGGUCAUGAGUUCAAGGGAUCCGUUAGUUUCCUCAAUGUCUCUGCAGUUCUUAGGUCAAGAAGACAACAUUGCCGUGUACUACCAGCAACAGGUGGAAAUGCUCGAGGGCUUCAAUGAAAUGGAUGCCUUGGCUGAUCGUGGUUUUGUACCUGGGAUGUCAAAGGAAGAGAGGGAAAAAUUGGCCAGAAGUGAAACAACUGCCAUUAGGAUAUCAAAUAUUGCAAACAUGGUUCUCUUUGCCGCUAAAGUAUAUGCAUCUGUCAAGAGUGGUUCAUUGGCCAUCAUAGCAUCCACGUUGGAUUCACUGCUUGAUCUUCUCUCUGGUUUCAUUUUAUGGUUUACAGCUUUCUCUAUGCAGACACCAAACCCGUAUCAAUAUCCUAUCGGGAAGAAACGUAUGCAGCCUUUGGGAAUCCUUGUAUUUGCUUCUGUCAUGGCGACUUUGGGACUGCAGAUAAUUCUGGAGUCUAUGCGUACACUAAUAUCCGAUGAGUCUAAUUUCAGCCUUACCAAGGAGCAAGAGAGAUGGGUUAUUGGGAUUAUGGUUUUUGUGACUUUAGUGAAACUAGUUUUGGUGUUGUAUUGCCGGUCUUUCACCAAUGAGAUUGUUAAAGCAUAUGCCCAGGAUCAUUUCUUCGAUGUUAUCACAAACGUUAUUGGACUAGUCGCGGCAUUGCUUGCUAACUACUUCAGUGGCUGGAUAGACCCUGUUGGAGCUAUGAUUCUCGCGUUGUAUACCAUUCGAACAUGGUCAAUGACCGUGUUAGAGAACGUGAACUCUCUUGUCGGUAAGGCAGCUGCACCAGAAUAUCUGCAGAAGCUGACUUACCUCUGCUGGAACCAUCACAAAGCCAUAAAGCAUAUAGAUACAGUGAGAGCCUAUACAUUUGGUUCUCAUUACUUUGUCGAAGUUGAUAUCGUCCUACCUGCAGACAUGCCCUUACAAGAGGCACAUGAUAUCGGUGAGUCAUUGCAGGAGAAGCUCGAAUUAUUGCCAGAGAUCGAACGUGCCUUUGUUCAUCUCGACUAUGAAUACAGCCAUAAACCUGAACAUGCACAAGCAUACCUAUAAUCAAAUGGAUAUUGGUAACAUCUUCUCUACCUAAUAUUAUAUACCACAAGUUAACUUUGUAAUGCUGUCAAUCUGGUAAUUGCUCUUAAAAGAAAAGCUACUAUUAUCUGGUAGAACAGGGAUUGCUUUAUUCAUAUAUAUAAUAUAUAUUUGCCAUGAUUCCUCA